CCCACAACAAUAAACAGCUGGAAGACAUCCAAGAUGGCCGCCGCGUCGGUCGCGGGGUUCGAAGCCCACAACAUGGAAGAGAAGAAAUUCCAGUACUUCUCAUCCAUCAAUUCCAUGGCUAACAAGAUCAUGCAAGAACGCGAGAAAAUAAAAAACAACCACGGCUCGACGUGGGACAAGAUGUCGCCGCAAGAGCAGGACAACGCGAUCGACAACUGGAUGAUGGACCCGCACAUCCAAGCCCGAUAUGCUAUGCACCGGGUGGAUCGAGAGGAGGUGGUCUGCUACCCCAAGCUCCUCAUUCAGACCGGACAGAAGAUCGUCCAUUUUGGAGAAGAGGAUAUGACAUGGCAAGAUGAGCAUUCAGCCCCCUUCUCCUGGGAAACCAAGAGCCAGCUAGAAUUCAGUUUGACACCAGGCCCCGACCAGGGCAUUUCCAUCUCUCUGGGGGACGCUAAAUCUGCAAAGACCUCUCAUUCCUCUCAAAUUAGCAAAAGUGCAAAUGGAACCAAGGUGUCGGUGAGCGAGGCCAGGCGUCCCGAGGAGGAGUCUGCUUUUUGGAAGAUCAGCGCUGAGCGUUCGCGACUUGAGGGCGAGCAAGCCGACUUCCAGUCAUUGACGCCCAGCCAGAUCAAGUCCCUAGAGAAAGGAGAGAAGUCGCUGCCCUCGUACCUGCGCCAGGAGACAUCUUUCCCCGCCAAAGAGCCAGAGCCGGAACCCCAUCCGCUGGCGCUGUCCAGGCCGGCCAAGCAACGGGCGCCCAAGCCUCCUGCACCGCAACCUCCCGUCGCCGCACCCCCAGCUCCCGCUGCCAUCUCUAUUUCACCAGGCCCCGUCCCUCCCCUCAGCGUCUUGUCAUCGGUGGCGGGCUGGGAGCGUUCGCAGAGCACUCUGCCGGUUGUAAGCUACACCGUGGAUGAGGUGUUCCCCACCCCCAGUCGCCUUGUCAAGAGCCCCACUCUCCCCAGCAACAAGGAAAAAGAGGACAACGCCGCGCCCGGCAAUCCCGCCUUUACCCAGUUGAACAGCAACAGCAUCCUGAAGACAGGAUUCGACUUCCUGGACAACUGGUAACCACGGAAGCGAAGAUGGGGGCCGCUGGAUGAUGUCAUCACUGCUUCAUGACAUUCGUAUCAUCCACUCACAUGCCCUGUUUAUUGUUUUGAACACUUUUCGCUUUUAACACUGCCUGUCUUCUAGACUCCUUUUACUGGACCUUUGCCCUGCCAAUAGCAUCAGCAUUUCUUAGCUUGAUUGGUGUUAGCGUGUGCCAACAUUUUGAGAAUCAGAGAGCUUUUCAUAUGUGCAAAAAGGACUACAUGGCUCAUUUGUAGUAAUUAGAUAACUAGCACAAUGAUCGCUUCUUGCAAGUAAUGCUGUAAAGCCUUUGCUAUGUUUGUUAGUCAGAUGCUAACUACUUCCGCUAAUUUAAUGACAUCCAAUUCCUAAUGAGGAACUGUGGGAAAAUCACAUUUUGUUACAACUUGAGGGCCAAAAUAUUACUGUUCGGCAAACGUAGUCAUGGCAACCGCAUAGUUAAAAAAAAAAGAAAAAAAAGCAUUACCAUUUGUAGCUCUCAUUGAAGUGUUACAUUUAUUGUCCUUGGAUGGAUAUUUAUCAGGUACUUUUUGUAGCCUUGUGUCAACCAAUCACACGCGAGAUAGCACCACAUGGCAUGCUCGUCUGCAUCUUUUGGAAUGCGCUCUGAGUGAUACACCAGACAUCUUUUUAAAGGCGAUGUUGCAUAAAGUCCUAAAUGACACUAGAAAACAAUUUUAGUGAACAAAUAUGAAUACAACAGGACUAGUGUGCAUGUGCUCAGCUUGUAUUCCGUGAUUUUGAUCUCACACAAUAAAGGAAAAUCAGGAAAAAA